UUCUUCUCCUAUUUUUCGUUUCUUUCGACCUUUCUUCUCCUUUACUUUAAAAUUCUCUUUCUGUUCCAUCUAGACACUUGGGUACAGGAAAGCGAAAGAAAUUCCUGACUUGAUCGAACUAUAACUGUUGAAGAUUACAAAGAAUGGACAGUUCUGAAUAUGAAUUAGUGAGAAAUAUGACACUGCUUUUCUUUUUUGAGCGUUUGAUGGAUAAAGGAGGUCCUAGAUCUUUGCAUGAUUUAAGUUGUCAAUUUGGUGCUAAGGGCUUCACAAAAGAAAUGAGACAAAUUGCUGGUGGUUCUCAAAGUGGCCUUAAGAAAUUUCUAGCUCAAUAUCCAGCCUUAUUUGAAAUUGAUGGAGAUUAUGUCUGCAUUAAUACUUACCAACCAGUAGUGGAAGAAGAUGAUGGUACCAAAUUGAACAAAAAACGAAAUUAUGCUCAAGAAGCGGUGGAAUAUUUUACAAAUAAAUUGAUGCAAUAUGGAGUGGGAACUGAAGUGCCGAUCAAAAGUCUUCUAGGCCAUCGAUCGCAAGCUUCUCCUGAAGUUAGACAUAUAUCAGGCCAGCAUUUUCGAGAAUUCAAAGAUUUUCUUACAAAAUAUCCAGAUGCAUUUGUUGUCACAGAUGAUAAUGUAAUUUUAAAACAAUAUGAAGGUAUGAAAGCAGAGCCAUUUAUAGAAUUAGAACCAGAUAUAUUUAUUGAUCCAGAAUUGACUGCCAGAAUUCUGAAUUUUUUAGAGAGUUGUGUAAAACAACAAAUUUAUAUUUCAGUCGAGCAAUUAUUUAAUUUAGUUAUUGAAAAAUUCCCAGAGGCCAUGACUAUGUUUAAGACUCAACAAGAUCUUUCUACAUUUCUGAAGAUGACACCAAAUAUUUUUAUGGUGCAAAGCAAUGUCGUGUCGAGAAAAGUUAAAUCAUUUGACAAGGAUAAAAAUUCAGAAGCAGAUGAUCAAAUUGAAAAAAAUAAGAGAAAAAAACCUCGUGAGGAGAUAGACAAAAUUCAAUAUAAUCAUUCGCCUGUGAAUCGCCAAGUUUUUGUGCAGCCAAAUUCCCAAUCUGAUAGUCUGACUUCCAAUAGUUCAUCGUCUCAACCAAAUUCUUUGACUAUGAAUACCAUUGAAAUUGGUAAUUCAAUUUCACCUCCUGUAAGCCUUCAACAACAAACUUUAAAGCAACGAAUCAACAAUUUACUUAUAAAAACAUUAGCUGAAAAUACAGAAAGGGAUAGAAUUUUGCAAAAUGCUGUGAUAGGUGAAGCCUUAAAAUCUAGAGUUUCACAACAAACUAAAGUUGUUAGUAAUUUAAGGGAUUGUUUGCAAAUAGUAGAUGAUAUUAUGUAUCCCAAAAAGCCAAGUGGGGAUGGAAAAAUUAUAGUUGCACUUGAUAGUGAAGGAAUCAAUGUAGGGCCUAAAGGUAAACUCACACUUUUACAGAUAGGUACUAUGGCUGGGCAAGUGUAUGUGUUCGAUUUAAUUACUUGUCCAAAUCUGAUUCAAUCUGGUGGAUUGCAAAAUCUUCUGGAAAAUAAAAAUAUUAUUAAAGUGAUUCACGAUUGCAAGAAUGAUAGUGCUAAUUUGUUUUAUCAAUUUGGAAUUACUAUUACGAGUGUCUUUGAUACACAGGCUGCACACAGUGUCAUAGAAUAUCAAAAUACUGGAAAACCAGUGUAUAAAGUAAAGAAUGCUAAUUUAAAUACUCUGUGUGAGUCUUAUGGAGCACCGUGCAAUUUAGUUAAGGAGCAAUUAAAAAAUAUUUAUAAAAGAGAUCAACGUUAUUGGGCUCGAAGACCAUUAACCAGAGAUAUGAUAGUAUAUGCUAGUAGUGAUAUUCAAAGUCUUGUGCCUUUAAUUUAUAAUGCCAUGUCUAAACUAAUAAGACCGGAGAUGCAAAGACUAUUUACUGAAUUAUGUGAAGAGCAAAUACUGACGCAUUUAAAUCCAAACGAAGUUAAAACACGUAAAAAGCAACGAAAAAUUGAGACUGAAGUCGCAGAUUUACGUCGAAAAAUGGAUGAAACUAUUGGAAAAAACAUUGUUCUUAGUAAUCGGGAAAUUAGACUCCUAAGAUAUUUAGAGCUUACAAAAGGAGAAAAGGAAAAAUUAAAAGGCAGUUAUAAAGUGGCAAAAAAACUUGAACAAUUAGAAAAUAUAGGCCAGGAUAAAAAUGACAGCAGUGAUGAGGAUGAUGACGAUGAUAAAAAUGAUGAAAUUGAAUAUCCAAGUUCGGAUAGCUUUACAUCGGAAAAUUCCCUUUCUGGUGGAAUUGUGUCUCCUAGAAGCUUGGAACCACCAAGUUUGAUGGAGUCGAUGCAAAUGGUAGAUGAAAUUUUAUCAGAUGGUUUAAUGGAUGGAUUUGAUAAAAUUGAACGUAUAGAGGCUAUAUUAUCUGCAGUAACUGGAUCUUCGAGUGAUGUGGAAACCUCUGAGAGCACCAGAUCUUCGCCAAUCAAGUAUAUGUGUACGUGCCAAGGCAAUAAAAACAUUUUUCAAAAUGAAUUUAAAGCGCAAUGCAAGGAUGUCGCUUGUCAAACCUUUAGCACAGGAGAUAUAGUUUAUACUAGGAUAUUCUUUGCAGAGGAAGAAGAACAACGUGAAAAACUUCUUAACACACCGAAAAAGCAGGCAGCAGUGGAAUCAUAAACCAUAUUAGAUAAAGAAUAUUAAAUAAAAUUCCUUGGUACAAUAUAGUGCAAUAAGGCAAUAUAAAAAUAUAUAAAAAUUUUCAUUUUAAUCUUUCAAAAAUAACAUUAAAUUCAUG